UUCAAUCAUGCGCGGUUGAGACCCAGCACCGUCCAAGGUACCUUGAGCACCGUCUUGCCGUCUUGUUCUUGUUCCAUUCCCUACCUUGCAUUACAUGGCCAAUUUUGCCUUGAGGUACAUACUGAGUGAAGUUGAGUGGGAGUAUGUCUCUUUUACACAAAAAAGCAGGAUACAGGAGUGAAAGGAACAAGGAACUUGAGAAGUAUUAGGUAUCUUGUCAUGAUGUGGACGUUGAACUAUAAACCAGGACUAUUUUUUGGAAUUUUGAGUGUUAGUUUGCUGCAGCUCAUUGGUGUGUCACAAUCGCAAGCACAUGAUUUUGAAAAAGAGAACAUCCACACAACAGAAGUUUUCAUUAAGCACAUUAAGCCAUCUUUUUUUGGAUGGGAUAAUGAAGGUUCAGAUGAAUUUAGAUUUCAAGUUUCCUUGAAAGAUGCUCCUGACUUGCCAACGUGGAUCCACUAUAAAUUUAGCCCGAGGCACAAAACAGGGUUUCUUUAUGGAGUCGCUCCACCAGGUCAAAGCAGCAUUGAUCUCGAACUCGUGGGAUUAAACUACAGCUCUUACACCCCUCGAUAUCAUGGUAUUCGACUCAACGUGUUAGAGAAAAAUGAGAAAGCACUGUACGAGGUCCAAGUUAAAAUCAACAACUUUAAUAUUGAGGACAUAAUGAAUUCUGCAAGGCUGAAAUCAUUACUACACAUAUUUCAGACUAAGCUUUGGCCCAAGUCGGAGAAAAAUCUCUAUAUAACUUUUCUGGCUUCCGCGGUUGACCUUGGUGCUAGACUGCCACUAAAACCAGAUGAGUCUGAAGGAGUUGUCGUGCGUAUAGGGAGUGAGCAAGAAUUUUCGCCAGCACUGUUGGCUUUGGAACAGGAAGUAAAGCCACUUUGGAAAUUAAUGUUUUGUGAUUUCAAACGAACAUCUGUCGAGCGAUAUUUCAGGAGCAAUGAUUUCUACAUGGAUUGGUGUGCUUUCCGGCUGAAUUAUGUAGCAGCUAAACCAAAAACCGAGCCACCACCACUGGAAUGGGGGCAACAAUUGCGAUGGGAUGCACUAGAAAUCAAAUCCAUACCGGUGCGGAACUUCACCGCUGAGUUUUUCACUAUGCUCAUCUCACCGAUUCUUUCUUUCCUGAUGUUCGCCACAAUUUUGUCUCUGAUAUUAUGCUUCCACCACCAGUCUCUGCAUGAUGAACUUUCUGAAGAAUAUUUUGAUAGAAUUUUUUAUACUUUUGAACGGUAUUUUGGAAGGCAUCAAAAACCAACACCAGAAGUAAGAAAAAAUUACAUGCCGUUUCAUACCAUUCCAUCUGAACGGUCCAUGCCUUCCUCUCCAAUGAACUACAAUAUCGCUGCAACCUUGCCUAGGAUGCCUCAUGAGGGAACUAAUCCAAGACCUCAGCCACCUCCAUACUCAACUAUUCGCCGGAACAACUUAUGACAAAUUGCUUCCCCACCAAUUAAGUUAUGGUACUGUUGAAUAGGAUUGAGAAACAUAACUGAUAGCAAAAAAAAAAAAAUUGACAAAGAAUGAAAGGAAUUCCAUGGUCUGAUAUAUAUGUUACUAAACCACUUUGGUUGCCAAGAUAGAUUUUUAUCAAGAAUAUACCAUACUUAAAACUGGCCACCAAGAGAGAGAGAGUAACAGGUUAUUUUAGUUCGUUAAGGCCAUACCAGUCAGUAUGAUCAGAAAGUAAGCAAAUGACAUUUGCAUCAGCUGCAUUCAAGCCAGUAGAGCUAUUCAUCAUAAUUUAUGAAACUACCAUUCUUAGGACUACUUACAGAUACCGCUACUGUUGAAACCAUUCUAAACGAUGAUAUGCGCUGCCAUUGAAUACCUGACAAAUCUUUUGAGUUACAGUGUUAAUCACAACGACUCAUACUUGUAACAAACUCAAAAUAUCACCGAAAGGAUUUUUGUUCGUACAACUCAAGAUACCGCAGAAAGGAUUAAGUUGGGCUAGUGCAUUACUGUCAAAUACUCAUACAUUUUUAAUAAAAAAUUUCUUUUGGAAACUCGAUGAAUCCAUAAAUAGUUGUUAAGGAGCAAGUUAUUUCAUCAUACUACCGUCAAUGAGACAAAUUAGAUUUGAGACUGACAGCUUAUGCUUAGUUAUUCAUUUUUCAUGUACAGUAACAUUUUUAUAUUGCUUAACAUAAAGAAUCUCUUAGAUUUAUUCAAGUAAAUUCUAACUAUCACUUUUUGCUCUUCUUUACUUUAACUAGAUCUUUAAAUUGUCCAGCAGCUUUGAAUUUUUUCCUGAAAACAAAAAAGAGUUGAAAAUAGUAUAAAAAAUAUCCGGUGAAUUGAAAAGCUGCCCUUGAUAUGAUAUCGUUAAAGUAUGUAAUCCAUUGUUCUAUACAUUGACUAGUUGAUUUAUAGAACAACUGAGGAGACCCGUGUAAGUAUGGAAUGUCAGACGAUUAUGUACUUUAACUAGUUAUUCUGUAGAAUAACAAACGGCUUGCUGGGAAAGUGUGUAAUGUUCAUUAAUGAGAACUAGCAUCUGGGGAAUGCAGGAGCGGAGGAGGGGGCAAGGAAGGAUGAGUAAAUAAGGAAUGUCACUUGAUAAAAUUGUGGAAUGUGAUAGGUUUUCGUAUCACAUAAAAUAAGCAAAUGUGAUUUAAAAAAAGAAAAAGGAAAGAAAAGCAGUUUUUAAACAUGCCUGCAGAAGAGUCACCUCUUCUGCUGUCAGUCUUAGGCAUACUGUGUAAUUAUAAAUGUCAUUCCUUGUCUUCAUGCAAAAAUAAAUAAAACUUUUUUUGCCGUUCACUGAACUUUUCAGUUAGGAAUAAAAAGUAUUGUCUCAGUAAAUAAAAAUUUGUAUUUAAAAUUUGGUUGACGUUCACUGAGCUUUUCAAUCAGGAAUAAAAACUAGAGUCACGCUUAAUAAAAUUAUUUACUUUUUAUUUGAUGUUCACUGAACUUUUCAUCUUCGGUAUCGUGUUGAGAGUUUUGUCAUUACACAACAAAGUUAAAUUCACACCAUUUGCCGCUUUCACUAAUGAGCCUCCGUUAAUCUACGGAAUAACUAGUUACUCUAUGCAAUAACUAGUCAAAGUAUAAAAUAAAAGUGCCAUUUCAUUCUGUAAUUGAAACCGCUCGUUAUUCUAUACAUUAACUAGUUAAUGUAUAUAUUACCUGAAUUACGACGGUAAAAGAUAUAUUGUAAAUAACUUUCUGUGUUUUUUUCCCCAUCUUGGUACAAACUGUUGUUAUUGUUAGUAUCGGUAAUAAUCAUCUCUGCUUCUCAAUGUUUCUUUAUGAUGGGUUAAUCAAGUGUUUUGACUGGUUAUUUUUAAUUCUUUUUUUUAAAUUUAAUUUCAUUAAGUAAUUAAAAGUAGCCUCUUUAGGGUCUAAAUCUGUUUGCACUUUUUUUCUCGAUUUUUUUUUUGGCUGCUUCCCAGCUCUUUGUUUCUACUUGUCAGGUUCUGAUUAUUCAUACUUGAAAGAGACAGUCUCUCAACUUGCGUAUUAGUGACGAGCAGAAAUCUCUACUCUCAGAGCUCUGCCGAUUAAUCUUUGAACCACCUCCUUGAAUGCUGCUGAGCAUCAUGUAAGGCUAUUCAUUUAGCAACAAAUCAAUGUUUAGUGAGUUUACCACGCAUUAUACUCAGACUCAACAGCCAACAAGAAGGUAAAAUGAGUGAUCAUGCCCAUAAGGAACUGUUGGAUUCCAAAAGAAAGUUUUCCGCAUUACUGGAAUGAAAAUGGAGAGACUCUUUUUGUCUCUGAUUCAUGACAUGGAUAGGGAGGCAACGAUUCAGGCCAAGCUCUUGUAAGAAGGCUUUCAAGCAUGAUGGGCAUGAUGUAUGAUGAAAUACUGAAAAAAUUUUUCUCUAUACGAGUAAAAAAUAAAUAUGAUUUGGUGA